AGCUGAUUUUUGCCUAGUAUCAAUCUAGUAUUUUUCAUCAGCAUUGAUUUGCCUAGCAUCAAUCUAGUAUUGUAAUUGUUCACUUUGUUCUUUCGUAGCAAAAUUAUUCGAUAAUCGAUUCAGCACGACUAAAAUUUUUGUACAAUUUUUCGAGUCACUGUCAUCAACACAAAAAACAAGGGCGCCGAAAAUAUCAAAACUGCAUCAAACUACAGUAUGAGUGCCAAAAUCAUGCCGGUGGUGAAGCACCUCGCUUUGCUCGGGGUCGCCCAUGCUGGUCAACAGCACCAAGACUUUAUUUUUGACGCAUUUCGCGACAAGGUUGACGCUUUCGUGGAACACGUAAAACAAAAUCCGACCAACAUUGCCGCUGCCGUGAAAGCGAGCACCGGGGACGAAACUAGUACCGCCGAAGGUUUCUUUCUUGAACAAGCGAGCGAAGAUCAAGAUGCUAGUACAACUACAGCACCCUCGAAGAUGGUGCUCUGGGACCAAGGUGCGGUUCCCGACGACGACGGAUGGUAUCCCUCCAUCCGAAACCUCGUCAUCGAGGAUAAAGAAACCGGCCACAAACAUUCCAACCUGAUCUCUUCGAUUCCGUGGCCUCGUGAUCCAUCUAGUACAACUUCUUCUACACCGCAAGAAACUACUACACAGCAGCUGGCCGUCCUGUCGCGCGAGAUUGCGCGGUACCACGCAGUAUCAAAUGUAAAAAUGUCUGGGUCUGGAAACUUGUGAUGCUGGGUGGCGUCUCAUGAUGAGGCUACAAAUGCUGGCUCAGCAUGACAAGUUUCUGAGCUCCUAGGUGUUGCCUAUUCUGCAUGACAAACUGCGCUUCUGCAUCACAGAAAAGCGGAGCUCUUGGGUGACGUGCAUGACAGAUUUAAGAGUCAUGCCAGACAAGCAUGACAGACAUGAAUUCUUCCAUACCCAGACAUUUUUACACUUGAUACGCAGUGUCGUACUUCGCCGCGCGCUGGCUCGAGGCGGCACUGCACGCCGGCGACGUGUAUGGAUUGCAAAAAUGCCUGGGUCUGGAAACUUGUAAUGCUAAAAGUGAAUGGGAGACGCACUGCAAUACGCAGCUGUGCAUGACAAAUUAAAUUUUUUGGCUCCCAUGUCUUACGUAUUCCACAUGGCAAACUGCGUUUUUGCAUGACAGGUAAGAGGGCCUCAUCGUGCCUAUGCAACGCAGAUUCUCGAGUCAUGCCAGACAAGCAUGACAAACUUGCAUUCUUCCAGACCCAGACAUUUUUGCAUUUGAUAACGUGGAAAUGUUGAAGAGCCGUGGGAUUCUCUCCCCCGAGUGGAAGGCCGGUGUCUACCUGCAGAGCGACGAAUUCGCCUGCAAGAAGAAACUCGUUGAUGCGUUGCUCCGCACCAGUACACUAACGAUCUCCACCAGCGAAGAUGAACAAGAAGAUCAAGAGCAGAGCGAACGGGAAAAAAUCGCAGGAGAUGAAGUUCUCGUUGCUUUGGACGAGUACAAAACUUGCAUGGGUCAUGUCGAGGAGAAAAAACAGCUGGCGGCAUCGGGAAAAUGGGACUGCUCGGCGGGGGUGAUCUUCGACCAAAAGCUGCUGAAGGACAUUUUUGCCGUCCUGCGGUUUGAGAAAAUCGACGAAGAAUACGGACUGCUGGAGUGGAUCAACCAGUUGGAUCCAACAGAGUGGCUGCAAAGUAUGAUGACCUCUCUGCGACGCAACGACAUGGUGUCGGAUUUGCUCGCCGUGGGCAUCGUCGACAACUACACGAAGGUCGUGGCAGGAGAUGUUGAACCAGCUGCACAGGAUGAAGAUGUUGAGCAACUCGAAAAUUCCGAGAUGAUUGACACGAUGCUCGAUACUCAGCCUCAUGUUUUGACCGCUGAUGCGGACGUGGAAGGGGCUGCGUUUGCCGAGCAGCUCCGGGCGGAAUGGAAGGAUUUCAGCCUGGAAAAGAUUCUGAAUGCCGAUAAAGCGCGAACCUCGUCCGCCGCUUCCGCCAUGUUCCACUACGCUCUCGUGCUGCACAGCAUUGGGGAGCAAUUGGGCGGUGCGAAGAGUCGCGGCCGAGGCCUCCUGCGCGAUGUCGUUGACCAUUUCACGAAGCUGCGGCCAGCGCUGAAUCUGAUGGACACGCCAAGCGCCUUUGAGGCGGUAAAACUUUGGUCCGUGGAACCGGCCAUGAAGACAUGGGCGGAACAUAACUUCGAGUGGGGUGCCAAGCCCGUCGAAGCAGAAGAAGCGGGAGGAGAUGAAGGCACGGAACAAACUGAGGACUUCCGCGAGGGCAUGGUAUGAACAAGAAUAGAAUGUUUAUCGUGGACUUGUAUUUAUAAAAAUGCUCAUGCUUUUGUUCGUACUAACUAUUUCUAUUUCAAUUUCUUCACCUGACAGAACAAUUGGGUAGGUGGUAAGCAAAUGUUUGUGGCAGGGGCAAUAUGUGUACGAUGCGGUAGAAAUGUGAUCGACGCUCGUUCCGCUUGUAUGUACACCACCUACACAAACUAAACGUAGGCGUAGCACACUUCAUCUACUGCUCUUUCCGAAUCCGAAGAUAAUAAUAAACACAAAACAGAGUUUGAACUUGACCCUGCGUCUGAACAUCCUGGAGGCUACGUUGCAGGACCAAGUGAACGAGAACCACCUGAACGUGAUCGCGGGACAGGACAUGGUGGAAAGCCAGAACGUGAACUGGGCCGCGCUGGCGAGCUUCCAGCGCCUGUACGAGUCCUGGAACCUUGCGUUUGUCACUGGCAACUUCCGGGAAGCGCCGCUGUUUUGGUCGAAAUUACUCACGCCGAUCGUCGGCGGCGCCACCCCGGGGUCCUACAUGUUUCACCGCAUCCUGGCCCUGUACAUCCACUGGCACACCAUCAUGUGUCUGCGCCACGACGGGCGGACCAAAUUGCGGGCGCUGGCGCAGCGGGAGUCUCCCUUGCGGGAAAAAUUCGUGAAGAAGUACCAGGAAGUGGUCAAAAGCGGCCACGCGGCCCCGAUCGACGACGCCGUGGUAGAUCUGUUCGCGCCGGAAGGAUACCGGCUGGGAAACGUCACCCGAACCUUGUUUGGGCGGCGAACGCAGGGUUACGCAUUGGGAGACGGGGUGAAAGCCUUGGCGAGAAGGGCCACGGGCGCGGAGGAUCCGGUUCGUCAAGCGAUCAAAGGAAAGCUGUACGAGAUGAUUGCGGAUCAUACUAGCACGACCACGACCAACAACAGCUCGACGUCCACCUCCACGUCGUCCGCGGUUGUUCAGAGGGAAAUCCCGGCUCUUGAACAUGUUUCUGGAUUUCCGGAGAGUCCGUUUCUGGAGGCCUUUCUGAAAAUGCAAAUGGUGCCGUGGAACCAGAACAAGGACGUUCUGGGGGCGUGGGGUGCGCUGAAUGCCGCUUUCUCGCAGAAGGUGCGGGGCCUGAUGACGGACAAGGGCGUUGAUACCGAACACGGCGUUCCGGCGUGGCACCGGCACCGCGUGGUGGCCCAGCGCCUCAUCGCCGCGAUUGGACGGGCUCGACAGGCGCGCAAAGGCUUGGUCGGAAGAUUUCUGCCAAAUAAACGUCAACGUGGUGCCACGCACUCGUGAAACUGCAGCAGCUUGUUCACACUAGAACUAGUGAGAAAGCUGCAUAUGUUGUAGGGUGAUAUUAUCUUGACCUUGUUCACGACACUAUAGGUAUGACUAUGUAUGAUCAGCAGAUUUUUUGGGAUCGCAAAAUCUAUGAAGAUGAGCUCUAAUCUAAGUACUACUUCAUGGCAAUGACUCGUGGGCUUCUUGCUUCCGUAGUGUGCUCGUGGGUUCGUCUUUUCUUCGGAAGCACAAGCGCCGGAAGCGGAGCCGGCACACGCAGAUCAAUUUCAAUACUUAAAGAUGAUUCUCGAUCAGGAUUGUGGUCACACAGGAAUUCUGCAUUAUGAUUUUGAUUAUUUGAAUAUCUUGACAAACUGCAUCUCAGGAACAAUCCAAGACACGACAGAUGAAGAGUUUUUUUUUUACUUAUUCAUGUGGUACGCUUUUAUUCAUUUCGAAAGGAAAUCUGAUAAACAUAAAUCGGAUGCAUGUGUUAUUUUUGCACUUAUUGUGAUGAGGUUUAGAAAUGUUGAUUUCCGUUUUUGAAAGUACCGUCAAAUUAGAAGUACAAGUUUUGGACUUUUGGGUGCUUUCAGUGACUGCGCCACUUAUUUCGUGAAAGACAAAGAGUGGGGGGCCGCCCGCUUGGAGCGGGUGUCCUCGGGAAGCGCCUGCGCAUACUUACACGCCCAGGAACGCACGACGGCAGGGUAGGAUACGGCACUGCUGUGUCGUCCUGCGCCCCCCCCCGUUUAUACAGGCACCAAGACAGGAGAUUCUGGGGCAGAAAAAGGGAUCUUGAUUUGGCAGCAGCCAUACUGUAAUACCAUAAACCUAGAGUAGUAAAGACUGACAAAGAGCGCUCAACAACUAGCAUAUGAGAAUUGCCGUCGUGUAUAAUUUUUUAUUAGUGUUGUACGAUUUGAAUUUUUUAUGUCGUGCUCGUGUAUGAUUUUCUUUUUCUUGAUUAGUGUAUAAUGACUAUGGUUUAGUCCAGGCUUCAUGUCGGGAAAUCAGUGCCAUACCAAAGAUCGCAUCUUACAUAGACCUAUGAAUGUUGUAUAUCUAUAUUGCUCGCGGAAAGAGGCAGCAGCAUUCGCUAGAGUGCAGGAUGCACCACGAUGAACGCGGCACAAGGCUUGUAGCCCGCCGCUGCCAUUGAAAGAUCGCCGUAAAAAAAUCAAUCAGCACGACGCGAGUAGUGAUGAGGACGCGUUGAUGCUGCCAUCAGUUCAAAAAAAUUGAGGUGUGCAGAUGGAUUCACCUAUGC